AUGGGCUGGGAGGACUGGCCGGACAACAAGGGCAAAGACAAUGACGACUGGUACAAGUGGCAGGGCGGCAGCAAGUGGUGGCAGAAGGAGAGCAAUGACUGGCACAGCAAGAAGCGCGUGAAGAGUGAAUGGGACGGAUGGGACGAGACGUCCAACUGGAAGCGGGCAAGGUGGGAAGAUAAGUCCGAGUAUUCCUCAUGGAAUACCAAGAAGCAGUGGCAAGAGAGAGACUGGGCAAAGGAGGUUAAGGGCAAUGUCUCUGUCCCCAAUGCGGAUUCGAUUCCCCUGACUCCGCCAGAACCCCAACCCCCGCAGAUUCCUCGGACGCCCGCUGCAGCCUUUCACCCGCAAGCGCCUCCAACUCCAGCGGCGGCCUUCGGUGCGAGGGCUGCUCCAUUUACGCCGAAUCCGUCAGCACCCGCCACGCCGACUGUUCCUGGAGCCAUGCCGGGCAUGCAUGGCAUGCAUCCCCUCACUCCAACCAAACAGCAAGCGGGAAAUCCCCUUACGCCGACGCUCGGAAUGCCGCCGACACCUGGAAUGCCGCCGACACCUGGAAUGCCGCCGACACCUGGAAUGCCGCCGACACCUGGAAUGCCGCCGACGCCAGCCAUGCCGCAGACGCCUGCGAACCCCGGCACUCCAGCCUUUCCACCAGGAACGCCUGCACAAAGAUUUAUCUUGAAAGCCGCGGGGCAAAGUGGACUGUCGACCCCUGUUCCGCAAGCCUUCCAGCAAGCCGUGCAGUCCGCCAGGCCAUCUUACAACAUGCCGCGAGCACCCGCCUUCACCGGUAAUGUGUCGGGUGAUCUGCGACAUGCGCCUCGCAGGAGGAACGGCAAGCUCGCCCCAGCCCCUUCGAUCAAAGCCAAGGUCCGACAACCGGGCACGCCGUCAGCGGGUUCCGCCGCGAAAAAGGCGCUGCAGGAUCCCAUACCCGAUUUCAAGACUUGGAGAAAGGACAAGAAGCCCAUUGAGUUCAGAGACGCGCAGCCGCCGGUGAAGUCCGAGACACCGGUCCCAGUGCAGCCAGGUGCAACAACCCCUGGAUUGCCCACCGGUGCAUUGACCCCCGGAGAUGUGGUGGGCAUGACGCCGGGCUUUGCCGGAGGGGAUGUCACCCCCAUGCUCGAGCAGCCAGGAGUUGCACCAGGCAUGUACGGAUCUCUCUACGGUCAAGACGGUGGUGUCACCCCUCCGCAGAUCACUGGCAUGACGCCUGGCUUUGCUAUGCAGGGUGAAGAGACGCCACAGAGCCUCGGUGGUCCUGCACGUGAAAGGGGUUCCGGCGGGAGAGACAAGCAAGAUGGGCGGGAUGCUGAGAGCGCAUGCCGACUCGCCUUGAUUCGCUCUGUCGAUUCGGCGGGUUUGGAGGUGGAGCCGGCGGGACUGCCAGCGGUGCCCUCGGGAUGGCGCGAGGUGCCACUGCGAGAUGGCGACGCGGAGGAGAGAAUUCGUUGCUGCUUUACGCCCUCCGGCAAAAGCGUUGGCUCCGAGGCCCCGGCAGCCGGCCUGCCGCCUCUUCGAGUCUGCGCCGUCGUCUGUGGCGACGGCGACGGCGGGUCCAAGGUCGUCGCGGACCCGCUCGCGCUCGCCCAAAGGGCUCGCUUCGCCAUCUACCCGCCUUGGAGGCUGGGGCCGCACCUGCGCUUUUCUUGGCGCCUCGAGAAGAGGUCACGCGAGGAGGCGCUCUCCCCAUCCGGUACGGAGAGGACGCAUGGGCGUGAUCCUGGGCGCAGACCGCGGGCUCUGACGGGAAUUGGAGGAGUCAGUGGCGGCUUUGGCGGGGUCACUAGCAGCAGCUUCGAUGUUGAUGUGUACACGGAGCUGGCGCAUGAGAAGACGCAGGCAACUGCAUCAUCACGGGCCUUUCAGCUGCUGUCGAACACCAUGGAUGCGGAGGCAGAAGCCGGUGGACUGCUUCUGCCGCUACGCGGACACCAGCUCCGGUCCCUGGCUUGGAUGCAGGCUUGCGAAGCAGAGAGUCGGGAGCCGCUACUCCUGGGAGUGAGCCGUGAGUUUUUCCCAACGCUCCAUCCGCCGCAUGCCGCACAGCAGCUUCUUUGUCAGGCUCUGGGCUGCAGAGCUGUGGCGCGAGUGCAGCGAGCCUUCCACCUUCGAGGAGGGCUUCUUGCAGACCAAGUAGGGUCGGGAAAGACUGCGGUCACCUUGGGGCUGGUGGCUUCAGAUGGUGUGGGGCCGAGAGAAAAAAGGAGACCAGCCGUAGGCUGGAUGCUCAAAGUGGUUAGCCAAUCGGCGCCGUUGCUAUGCUUGCUGCUGGCAACGUACAUCCUGAUCCUCUUCGAUGGGUCUUAUUUCUCGGCGCCGCAAAAGGGCCUUUACGAGUGCAUGCCAGUGGCCGGUGGCCAGUGCCAAAUGCUGGCCACUGUUGAGGUGGACCCGCUUGCCUUCAACGCUCAUUUCGAUCCGAGGCAUUGCUUCGGUCCUUGUUGGUGUGAAGUCACUUUUGGUGCAACUGCCUUGUGCCUGUGCAGAGCUCGCACCAUGGGCAUGUCUCAGCUGGUCGAGGAGUUGGCUUCAACGGGUGGCAGCGGCAUUCCUGCCACCGUUCGCUUGACGCCCG